AUGAUCUACAGUGGAUUUGUAGAUCCACCAAUCAUGAUCUACAGUGGAUUUGUAGAUCCACCAAUCAUGAUCUACAGUGGAUUUGUAGAUCAACCAAUCAUGAUCUACAGUGGAUUUGUAGAUCAACCAAUCAUGAUCUACAGGGCCUUUGUAGAUCCACCAAUCAUGAUCUACAGUGACUUUGUAGAUCCACAAAUUCUGAUCUACCGUGACUUUGUAGAUCCACCAAUCAUGAUCUACAGUGCCUUUGUAGAUCCACCAAUCAUGAUCUACAGUGCCUUUGUAGAUCCACCAGUCCUGUUCUACAGUGACUUUGUAGAUCCACCAAUCAUGAUCUACAGUGGAUUUGUAGAUCCACCAAUCAUGAUCUACAGUGGAUUUGUAGAUCCACCAAUCAUGAUCUACAUUGGAUUUGUAGAUCCACCAAUCAUGAUCUACAGUGGACUUUGUAGAUCCACCAAUCAUGAUCUACAGUGGAUUUGUAGAUCCACCAAUCAUGAUCUACAGUGGAUUUGUAGAUCCACCAAUCAUGAUCUACAGUGCCUUUGUAUGUCAAGGCAACAGUAA